GGCGGCCUUGGUCCUGCGCGGCCGCCGCGCCGCUACCACCAACGCCGCCGCCACCUGAGGCCCAGCCGUCUUCCCCGCGCUUUCUCCGAGGGGAGCCCGCCGGCCCGUCGCGUCGAGCCAUAGAGUCCCAGCCCCGAGCCGGCCGCCUCCCCUUGAAUCCGAGGGAGCCCGCCCGCCCGCACCCCCAGUUCGCGCGGGGUGCGGAGCGGGCCGGGGGAGGGGGGCUGCCAGUCGCGGAACUGCUGUCACCGCUGCAGCUGGAGCGCCGCUGCCUGACUGAGGGGGGAAAGGAACGGCCCGAAGGCGGCGGCGGCGGCGGCGGCGCUUCCUCUUUCUCGUCCCAAAGCCGCAGAAGCGCGAUAGGGAGUCGGGGCCGCGUUUCUUCCUCGCCGCCGCCGCCGCCGCCGCUCUCGGGAUCUUGCUUGCCGCGGGGAGCCGCGCCAGUGGCGGAGCCUGCAGGAGGACCUUCCUCGCUCCCGCUUUCCGUCGGGGCCGCUGCUGCGGGGCCUUCCCGGGAGUCGCCGCUGGAUCGAUCGGGGGCAGGCCCUGUCCACGGUGCCGGCCUCCCCGCGCCGUCCUUGCUCGGCAGCCGCUUGGUUAGCAGCCGUCGGUCGUGCCGGCGGCGGGGACUGUUCGGGGAGCAGCCUCCCCCGCCGAGGCUUCGAGCCAUCUGCACCCUGCAGCCGCCGCCGUGCCUCUCCGCGCUGUUCCUGAGCGGCUCCCGGCUCCCAGACAUGACCGCCAUCAUCAAAGAAAUCGUCAGCAGGAACAAAAGGCGAUACCAGGAGGAUGGCUUCGAUUUAGAUCUGACUUAUAUUUAUCCAAAUAUCAUUGCAAUGGGUUUUCCGGCAGAACGACUUGAAGGAGUGUACAGAAACAAUAUCGAUGACGUUGUGAGGUUUCUGGAUUCAAAACAUAAAAACCAUUACAAGAUAUACAAUCUAUGUGCUGAAAGACAUUAUGACACCGCCAAAUUUAACUGCAGAGUUGCACAGUACCCUUUUGAAGACCACAACCCACCACAGCUAGAGCUCAUCAAACCUUUUUGUGAAGAUCUUGAUCGAUGGCUUAGUGAAGAUGGCAAUCAUGUUGCAGCAAUCCACUGUAAAGCUGGAAAGGGACGAACUGGUGUAAUGAUUUGUGCUUAUUUGUUACAUCGAGGAAGGUUUCAGAAGGCACAAGAAGCCCUAGAUUUUUAUGGGGAAGUAAGGACCAGAGAUAAAAAGGGAGUGACUAUUCCCAGUCAGAGGCGCUAUGUAUAUUAUUAUAGCUAUCUGUUAAAGAAUCAUCUGGAUUACAGACCAGUAGCACUGCUGUUUCAUAAAAUGAUGUUUGAAACAAUUCCAAUGUUCAGUGGCGGCACUUGCAAUCCUCACUUUGUGGUCUACCAGCUCAAGGUAAAGAUAUUCACCUCCUCUUCAGGACCUACAAGACGUGAAGACAAAUACAUGUACUUUGAAUUCCCUCAGCCGUUGCCAGUAUGCGGUGAUAUCAAGGUGGAAUUCUUCCAUAAGCAAAACAAGAUGUUGAAAAAGGACAAAAUGUUUCAUUUCUGGGUCAAUACAUUCUUCAUACCAGGACUGGAAGAAAACUCUGACAAAGUAGAAAAUGGAAGUCUUCUUGGAGAUCAGGAACUUGAUGGCAUUUUGAGUACAGAGCGUUCGGAUAAUGACAAGGAAUAUUUAAUCCUUACACUAACAAAAAAUGAUUUGGACAAGGCAAAUAAAGACAAAGCAAAUCGAUAUUUUUCUCCAAACUUUAGAGUGAAGCUAUUUUUCACAAAAACAGUAGAAGAGCCAUCAAACCCAGAAGCUAGCAGCUCAACUUCAGUAACACCGGAUGUUAGUGAUAAUGAACCUGAUCACUAUAGGUAUUCUGACACCACUGACUCUGAUCCAGAGAACGAACCUUUUGAUGAAGAUCAGCAUACGCAGAUUACUAAAGUCUGAUUUUUUUUUUUAUUUGGGAAAAACUACCACAAAGAAGAAAACUUGAAUAAACUGAAUUAUGGACCUUUUGAAAUGGCAAUAGGACAUUGUGUCAGAAUUAUCUGUUGUAGGAACAGUUCUUUACCUGACCAAUCUCAUUUUGCCCUAUUAAGCCUUUGGCUUGACACUUCUCCCAUUGAAAACAAGGAAAAAAAAAAAAAGGUUACGUAGCUAUGUUAUGUAUAUACCUUUUGGUGUCAAGAGGACAUUGAAAUUUCAAUUAGGAAUACACAAAAAUGGCACUUUCCCAUUUGAUUCCAGUUUUAUAAAAGUGGAGACAGAUCUGAUGUGUAUACGUAGGAAUCUUCCUUUUGUGUUCUGUCACCAAUGAAGUUCCUGUAAAGCUCUUUCUAAUACACAGGUUCACAUCCUGCCCCUUUCUUUGCACUUUUGUGGCAACAGAUAAGUCUGCAGUUGGCUCAGAGAAGUUACUGGGUUUUACUACAUUCAAAUGCAUGUACCAUGGAUAGGAGUGUGGAAGGAGAAGCUGAGAAAGGAAUGUUUUGUGCUGGACCCUGGACUGUGUAUCAUUUCUAGCUUACAUGCACCUCUUUCGCAUGCUACAGUAAUAAAUCCUGGACAUUUGAGGAAAUGCCGCUGUCACUGCUUGUUUGUGCAUUUUAUUAUUAUUUUUUAAGCAUAAUGGUGCUAGAAAAGGCAGCUGGAGGGGAACAAGAAUGAACCUUCAAUGGCAUCGUAAAAGCUCUAUAAAUGAAGGGAUUAAAAAAAUAUGGUUUGAAACAAACUAGAUUUUCAGCUUGCAUACAUGACAGUUAAAAAGGAUGAAGGGGUGUGCAUACAGGCUCCACCCUACAUCCCUGCACACCUAGCUGCUCUGCAGAAUUUCACAUACACCUGUAGUCACUUAAGAUACGUAGGGAGUUGUAAGUGCUGCAAAGAAUGUAGUUUACUGUUCAAUGUUUGGAAAGCUUGAUAAGGCUGGAGUCCUUGAGUUGCAGGUAUCUCCAGGUGAACACAACAGCACUUGCAAAUCUUCCAUGGGGAAGAUAUGGGUGAUGCUUACCUGUGUACCCUCACCCUUGGGAUAAUUUGAGUGCACCUGUUUGCAUGUUGCAGUCUAAUUGCCUGCAGAGGGCUACAAUAAUAACUUAAUCAUACCAAUGUGAUGGUUAUCUAGCAGAGGUGGGCCUACAAAAUUGUUUUGUGUGUUAUAAUUGCCAUUCCCAAGCUUUGGAUGAUAAAUGUCAGAGCAAUAUUAUGUCUAAAAAAAACCCCAACAAACAACCCCCCCCCCCCCUUGUCUUUCUAAACAUGGAAUUGCCAUUUUGAUUUUUUGUGUGUAAAAACCUGCUUGCUUAUUGGUUACCAUAUUCAUUAUUAAUUAUCCCACUUGAGUGAACAAAUUUGAAAUCCAUUGUGCCAGUCCAUUAGCAUUAAUAACAAGAUAGUAGUGGCAACUAGUCAAGGCGAAACUCAGGCUGAAUACUGGACAAAGGAGCAAACUUGCUCCUUCAACAUUCAUUGGUGAAUUUUGUUAUCUUUCCUAAUCCUGUGUGUAGUUCUGUGCCUAUAAUUUUUAUACCGAUUUUUAGUAAGCUUGCAUGUAGCUGCACAAAAACCAUAGCUUUCAUCCAUUAUGUAAACUUUAACAACAAAAAAAACCCGCUAAUGUUCAGGCUUCCCAAAAGUUGAUCCAGUGCUGCAAUACAAAAGAUUUGAUUGGCAAGAGGCAACUUCAGAAUUACCUCUGGUUUUUUGUCCAGGGAACUGCAUUGAACUUGUCUUUCAUUUGACAAUUUUGCCAGCAACAUUAGCUACCUAAAAAAAAAAAAAAAGUUAGUGCUUUAAGAAUAUUUUGGAUGUUGACAGUGUUCAAUGUCUUGUACAGUUCUGCUGUUUGGCAGGGAACUCCAGAUUGGAAAUUGUUGAAUGGCUUUUUGCACUGUUGUUUUUCCUUUGGAGUGUGAAGGUCUGAGUAAGGGUUUUGGAUUUUGAAUGUGUCAGUAAUUCUGAGAAGCCUUGCUUAUGUUUUUAUGGUAUAGUCAUUGGAAAGGAAAAUGUCAUUAUUUAUAUAUACAUAUAUAUGUAUGUAUAACACAUAUAUAUAAUGCAUACUCUCCUAUAGUUAAUUUCAGCUACCAUCCCAUAGAACAUGACAAGAAUUCCUCUGACUGAAAGGUUUGGAUCCUAAUUCAAACUUUAUAACAGUAGUCAUCAUUGGCGUGAAAAUGCAUUCUCCAUUGGUAAUUUCUUGAGUUUCUGGACUGUGUGCUUAAAUUCUCGGAUGUACAGUAGCUUACAUGUCUAAAAUUAUUACUUGAAGGCAUUUUGACAGGAGCUUACUGUUAGGCCCUGUGCCAUCCCUCCUCAUCUGUAGUCUAAACUUCCAGUAGUUUUGUCACAAUCGUUAAAGGGCAGUUGUGUAAAUUAGCACCAAGGGUUUCUUGCUGUGGCAUGGUUGUAAUCUGAAAGGUCCGUUUAUAUGCAGCACCAAUUUCCUUCAGCUUUAAGGGAAGGAAGAAAGGAAGGAGUAAGUUUUAAGGGUGCCAGUGUACAGUUCCGUGUUUAAAUUCUAGCAACGUGCAAUAUGUUAACGAUGCCUGUGGUUGCCACAAAGUGCCUCGUUUACCUUUUUUUAAAAAAAUAACUGUUCAGAUGUGUCAUGCAUGCAGAUGGAAGGGGUGGAACUGCGCACUGAACAGAGGCUUUAAUUGCAGUGCUUGAGUAGAGCUGCCUCUUUAUUCUGCCAGUUCAAAAUUCUCAGUCUGUUUUCAUACAGAACACACACACACACACACACACACACACUCUUAAAAAAAACCUAUUUAAGCAGCCUUAUUCUGAUUCAGCCUCUUCAGAUACUAUUGUGCUGUGCAACAGUGGCUCUGUGUGUAAUGCUAUGCACACAACAAGAAAAAUGACAUGUACAGGUUAAUGUCUCAUAUGAAUCAGAUGUCCGUUUGUUAUUGUGUUAACAGCCCUUUAUCUUAGUGUUAAAACUCCACUUAAAACUGAUUAAAAGUUUCAUUCUUGUCACUGU